AUGGCGCGCCCCCGCAUGAACCCCCUCAAGGAAGCCCGCUCCUGCCUCACCCUCUUCACCCACUCUCGAUCAACCCGCUGGCCCUCUCGCACUGGCCUCGCAACCGACAUCCUCCUCUUCCUCUCCAUCCUCUUCGCCGUCGCGCAACUCGGCUUGUGCGUCGCCAUGGCCCACCGUCUACUCGCCUCUCCCCAAAGCGAAGUCGAAUGCUGGAAUGUGGAUGACAGUAGCAACUUUGACUUCACCAGGUAUGGGCUAUACAGUGAUACGGAUGGAUAUGUGUUGAAUAGGGUCGUGAAGACGUUGCCGGUGCUGUAUGCGAAUGUGGAUCGCGUGAAGUUCUGGAAUGGGAUGGAUGUUGGGUGGAAUAAUACGGACCCGGGGCUGAUGGGGCCCGAGUAUCUGAGUGGGAAGGCAAGGGGAGGGGUCUUCAUGGCUAUCUACUUCGGCUUCGCCCUUGCUGCUGCAUACAUCAACCGCAAGACGGAUGCGCAACAGUCGAUGCGACUAGACGAUCUCAGUGGCUCUUCCUCCCUAACUCCCGCCCAACAAAACCUUCGCGACUUCCCUUCUUCGAGUCUCGGUGCUCAUGCUACGCCCGUUCCGCUGAACAAUUUCGGUCUCACAUUCAUCGAUGGUACUCCAGGCCAGCAGCCGAAGACCGCGACAUCACGAGCGUCGCCCGAGGACCUAGAAGCGCAUGCAAAUCCGUUUACGGAUCCGGCAAACCUGAUUAGGGAAGGGGCAGAGGACCGACAGGUUGUGCCGCCAGAGCCGGCAAGACAAUGGAGGUAG